AGUCAUCGAGAGGCGGAAGCGCAGCGGGGGCGGGAAGGUUGUAGAACGGCACGUUGAGCUCUGUUUGCGGUUCUUCAAGUCGCGUCCCCUUGGAGAACGCACCCCGACUGAGGCAGCCCCGGGCUCUCUCGCCUCCGAUGUAUGCUUCCGAAGAGAUGAAGAUAUGUGUGUACACAUUUCUUAUAGGUGAUUGUAAAGUGCUGACCCAUUGCCACUGAACAUAGUUGAAACAGAAUAGGAAGAUGGCAGCAAACUCUUCAGGUCAAGGCUUCCAAAACAAAAAUAGAGUUGCAAUCUUGGCAGAACUGGACAAAGAGAAAAGAAAAUUGCUAAUGCAGAACCAAUCUUCAACAAACCACCCUGGAGCUAGCAUUGCGCUCUCGAGACCCACUCUCAACAAGGACUUCCGGGACCAUGCUGAGCAGCAGCACAUCGCAGCCCAGCAGAAGGCGGCUCUGCAGCAUGCACAUGCACAUUCAUCUGGAUAUUUCAUAACUCAGGAUUCUGCAUUUGGGAACCUUAUUCUUCCUGUCUUACCUCGCCUUGACCCAGAAUGAAGAAGAUAUUUGUUGUAGCAAAAGUGACUGUAACAUCAGAUGCCAAAGCUACUAUCAUUCAGUGCUAUACAAACUGUGACUUUCAGAAUUCUGGCGGACUUUUACACGUUUUGUUUCUCUAAAAGAAAGAUCUGUGUAAGUGAAAGCAAAAAAGGAGGGUUAACCAGGAUGAUGAGAGCUCCGGACAGUCUGUCAUUGAAGGAACUGGUCAUGCUGCCCAGGACUGUCACUCGUGUAAUGCGGUUUGAUUUUUAACUCUGAAUCGGAUGUGGUCUUGUAAACUCAGCCCCUCGCCCCCAAAAAGUUGGAUGCGUCUAUCCCGUCUAGAGUAGAUGUUCAAGAACCAUUUAAAGCACUUAACUUCAAACACAUGAGGGUGCUGUUUAAAAAUGUGAACCAAAAGGCUUAAAUAAGUUCCAUUCACACUUGCUGUUUAUAGAACAGAUAUCAGUGUACCUUUGGAGUUUAUAGUCAGCAUAUCAUCCUGAAAUAUCCUUUAACUCAUAACUAGUUCCCCUAGUCUCGGUUUUACAAGAAAACCCAAGAUAAGACGAAGUCACUGACACGUCUUAAACAUCUUUUAUAAACCUCUGCCACUAUAAAUUAUGUGACUAAAUACUGUUGAAAACAAUAAGAAAUGUAGUUUUAAAAUUUGUACAUGCUCAUAUUUAGUGUUACUACGUAAAUGAUGUGCCUACACAGUCUUCUUGCCCAUAUUUGCUCUAAUUAAACCCAUUAAUUAAAGUUGAGCCCCUUUCUACUCACUUGAAGGAAGAAGGACUUAGGUUAAGCAAGUGUCUCAACAUGAUACAUGUCUAACAGAAUCCAGGGUGCUUACUUAAAUAUGCAGUCCCCACAGCUUACUCUGGUCCUAUGGAAUUAGUGUGUCUAAUUCAAAAUAAAGUUUGAAACCAUAGGAUAGAGAUUCAGUUUUCAUGAUCAAUGUAAAUUCAUAGAUUUGUAAGGUCAUGAAACUUAGAGGUCAUUUACCUAGCGUUGACCUUUUUUUUACUUUUAUUAGGCUUGAAAUGAUGGUUUAUACUAUAUUUCAGAUACAGUAUUUUUUAUAACUGACCUCAUCUUGGCCUUGAAUCCCCAUCCUCUUUGGUGGUAGGAUGAAAUUUAAACUUGAAAUUCCAGUUUGAGUCAACAAUUAGGAAAAGUUCAUCUCCCUUUUCAAAGAGCGUCUUCUCCCUCCUCCCCUAGAUAUUUGUACCAACUGUCCAGCUCCAUCUUACCUAAACUAUAUGAAGCAGGAAUGACCAGUUCUAGGUGUGGCUGUGCCAUCUGGAUUCUUUCUGUUGAGAAUUUGAACUGGCUUUCUCCAUUCAGCUGAGGUGGCAGCUGUCCCCAUUAUAAUGGUCACCAUCCCAGCACAGGUGGCCUUUCUCCUACUGCCGAGGAGCUCUGAGGGGACCUUUGCCUCUGCCCUGCCUCAGGUCCCUCCAGCUGUCCCUGGCCCUCCUUGUAGGAGUCUUUGUUUCCUUGAGUUAAUUUGACUAAGUCACUGUUCUGUGCGAUCCAUGAGCUACCGGCAUCCUUCUAAAUCUAGGGGCGCCAGGGAGAUACAUUUUUUGGAUUGUAUAGUUUUUAUACAUUUGAAGCCUCUACCAACCAUGUGACUUUGAUAACCUCAGUAAAGAGAUCUUUCUCCUCAGAGUAUCUUUUCUGGUCUCAGCCUUUUAAAUAGAUGUUGCCAAAAACCCACAGUCCUAGCUAGUGAGCACUGCCUCCGCCUCUCCUUUGACUCACUUACAAAUUCAGUUCCAUUCCAUGUGUAUUUAUUAACACCUACUCUGUAAAGCACUGUGUUUUGCGGGGAACAGGUAAGGAGGACCUGCUCUUAAGGAGGAGAGGUGGAGAGGCGCCUGUGCCGGUGCAGUGGGAAAGAAGCCAGCAUCCUGGAGCACGGAGCAGUCUCGAUAGGCCUAGAAGAGUCGGCAUGAUGCUACCUUGCAAGGGAGGGAAGAGUUGCUCCAGACAGAGGUCAGGGUCUUAUAACCAGAGGGCAGUAGGGGCGAAGGCAGCUGGGACUGCAGAGGUCAUGGGAAGGGUGGCAGUGGACCCUGUCGGAAGCCUUCGGCGAAGUUCUAGCCUUGAUUCCCUCGGGUUGGGGGUGGUGGGCUGAGCCACGUCUCCUCUCCACCUGUCACCCUGUCUCAUCUGUAAAAUGGGAACAGUGCACGCUCUGCCUCCUUCAUGCCUGGUAUUUUUCAAAGUGCAGGUUUCAAUACGUUACUGAAUUGAGAGUCCAACCUAAUGGCUAAAGAGGGUGUGAACUGCUUUUUUUUUUAAAAUAGAAAACGUCAGGGUACGUGGCAUAUAAUAAAUGGGAGGUUUUGUUUCCUGAGUCUUCCUUUUCUGUGUGGUUUAAACUUACUUUGUGUAUUGUCUGUUCCACCAGCAUGUAAAGUCUUUGAGGACAAGGGGUUUUGUUUCCCUCUUUCUCCGCUUCUUUCCUCUUUACUCCUGUAUUCUGCUGAGAACACUGUUUGGCAUAUAGUAGGGAGUCGGUACCUACUUAUGGAGGGAAUGAAGGCAUGAAGAACUAUGACCUGGAUCAUGAUUUAAAAGGUAUUUCUUGUUACUGUGAGUCAUGGCAAAAAUGUUCUGAAAGCCACUGCUAAGUAACAGAUAGUGCUUUGUAUGACUCUAGAAUAAAAACUGAAAUGACUCAAGAA